AUGGUGUAUUUGAUGCAAAAGAAUGACUUCAUCUUCAGAGUAAAGGAAUGUGCUCUUGUUAUUCUACUAAGAGAAAAAAGGAAGUAUAAAGAUGCAAUAUCUCUGGCUAGAGCGUCAUUUUUCAUCAUUAUUGGCUACCACGCCGAGCAGCAGCAGCAGGAGGAGGAGAAGCCGGUGGUGCUGAUCACCGGGUGCGCCAAGGGCGGCAUCGGGUACGAGUACUGCCUGGCCUUCUCGGCGCUGGGGUGCCGCGUGGUGGCCACCGACAUCCCGGAGCGCGUGCCGGACCUGGGCGACCUCGCGGCCCUCAAGCUGCCGCUGGACGUGACCUCGGACGCGAGCGUGGAGGGCGCGGUGCGCCGCGUGGUUGCCGAGCACGGGCGCAUCGACGUGCUGGUGAACAACGCCGGGGUCGGGUGCACGGGCCCGCUGGCGGAGCUGCGUCUGGAGUCGGUGCGGCGCGCCAUGGACGUCAACUUCCUGGGGCAGGUCCGGACGGUGCGCGCCGUGGCGCCGCACAUGGCGCGGCGCGGGUCCGGGCGCGUCGUGAACGUGGGCAGCGUGGUGGGCCGCGCCGCCACGCCCUGGGCGGCGCCCUACUGCGCGUCCAAGGCGGCGGUGCGCGCCGCCACGGACGCGCUGCGGCUGGAGCUCCGGCCCUUCGGGGUGCACGUCGUGGAGGUGGUGCCCGGCGCCGUGCGGUCGGGGCUGGGGCACGCCAACGCGGCGGCGCUGCCGGUGCGGGAGGAGUGGCGGCUGUACCGCGGGUUCGCGGCGGCGAUCGAGGAGCGGGCGCGGGCGUCGCAGGGUGGGAGGGCGACGGAGGCCGGGGCGCUGGCGAGGCACGUGGCGCGGCGGGUGAUGAGCGCGCGGCCGCCGCGGGAGAUCGUGUACGGGCACAUGACGCUGCUGUUCGCGGCGCUGGCGGCGGCGCCCGGGUGGGCGCGCGACGCCUUCUUCGCCAGGCGAUUCGGCCUCCACAACACCACCAAGCCCAUCGUCAUACCAGGCUCCGACUAGCUUGCAUUGCAUUGCUUGGCCCGGCCCGGCCCAUGUGGUGGGUUUUCUACUUAUUUUUAUUAUAAGGCCCAAGAAAGAAAGAAAUUAAAUCAAAUUGGGCUCCAGCGUUGUGCGCGGCCCACGAACGAAGUCUGUCUCUCUCACAUUUAUUUUUUCAGUUGUAGACAAGCCUUGAAUUUGGGGCA